GGCUUCAACCUUUAUUGCUCGUUCCACUUGAACGCAAAUUCAGUUGCUGGCUGUCAUCGGUCAGUGCCGGUUGUCCGGAUUGUAAAGAUCAGUGAAUACGGGCUUACAUUACAAAGCCAAUCCAGUUGUAUAGAAAAUGUUUUCCAAAUGGUGGCCGUGGAUGGUGAUGCUGGCGCUGAUCAGCGUGGUUCGAGGCCAGAGUGAUCUUUUCGAGUUGUCGAUCGUUCAUAUCAAUGAUUUUCACGCGCGUUUCGAAGAAGUUAAUGCGGCUAGUGUGUCGUGUAACCCGGAGAAAGAUGACGUCUGCGUGGGUGGAUAUGCCCGAACGGUAACAGUUCUGAAGAAAUUGCUCGCCGAGAGAACUAACCCCAUCUACUUGAAUGCGGGAGACAACUUCCAAGGCACCUUGUGGUACAACAUUCACCGUUGGAAUGCUACGGUGGAGUUUUUGAACAUGAUACCGGCCGAUGCGAUGACAAUCGGUAACCACGAGUUUGACCACGGCGUGGAAGGGGUGGUCCCGUUUUUGGAACACAUCAACUCUACGGUCCUGUUGGUCAAUGUGGACAACAGCGAAGAGCCAGAAUUUAAAAAGUUCCAAAAGUCGAUGAUCAUCGAACGGAGCGGGCGUAAAAUUGGGCUCAUUGGAGUCAUUCUGCAGACAACUUACGACAUUGCCAAUACUGGUAAUUUGAUCUUCGCCGAUGAGUCGGAAACCGUCCGGGAAGAGGCAGAACUGUUGAAGCAGCAGGGUGCAAACAUUAUUGUGGUGAUUUCGCACUGCGGAUUGGAUGUGGAUAAAAUAAUUGCUGAAAACGCUGGGCCUGAGAUUGACAUCAUCGUCGGUGGCCAUUCGCACACGUUUUUGUACACCGGAGAUCAUCCGACUAUUCCGGGCACGCCACAAGGUGAAUACCCGACGGUCGUGACGCAGCAAGGUGGACACAAGGUGCUGAUUGUGCAGGCUGCUGCAUACACCAAGUUCGUGGGCGAUAUUGUGCUGUUUUUCGAUGCUGCUGGAAUCAUCCAGCGAUGGGAGGGUAAUCCGGUUUAUCUGGGAGCCGAUGUGGUACCAGAUCCAGCAGUGGUCCAAGCGAUGAUCCCUUGGAAGGUUUCCGUCGACGAGCUGGGAAACCGUCAGGUGGGCUCAACGGUCGUUGAUCUGCUGAAAUCAUCUUGUAACGUGGGUGAAUGCAACAUCGGAAGCCUGAUUGCCGAUUCCAUGGUUUCGGCUUUCAUUCCAUUGGCUGAACCGGGACACUGGACGUACGGGGCCAUUGCUGUGAUAGCGGUCGGCGGUAUUCGCGUCAGCAUGUUCAGAGGAGCGAUCAACUACGCCAAUGUGAUUGAGGUGUUGCCAUUUGAGAACAAUCUGGUUUGCGUUGAGCUACGCGGUGACUAUAUGCUGGGAGUGUUGGAAUAUGCCGUAGAGAAAUCAUGGGACGAGGAUAAAUUCAACGGAGCCAACAUGCUGCAGGUGUCCGGCCUCAAAGUGGAGUUCAACGUUUCGAAACCAAUCGGCGAACGAGUUCUGUCGGUUGAAGCUCGCUGCCACGAUUGUAUGGUACCCUCCUAUAGCCCACUAAAUCCCUUCAAAUACUACCGGGUGAUAACGAACUCAUUCAUUGUGGGCGGUGGCGACGGAUUCCACAUAUUUCCGCAGCAUGGACGCAACAAGCGUUUUGGACCGAUUGACAAUGUAGCAUUUGAAAACUACCUCAAGCAGCGGUCGCCAGUGAUACAGGGAAUCGACGGCAGGAUUAAGGUUUACACGUAGACAAGACAAUCACGAUCUGCUGACGACCAUUCGUCGGGCGUCGUCGAGGCGGAAAACAUAAUCAAUCGAAUCUAGUGAUAAUAGCGUAUGAAUGUAUUUAUGUGGGAUGACUAAAAUAAACACAGUGGGUUUUAUCUUGAGUGACAAUGAA